AUGUGCGUAUCGUCAACUAACGUUACAAAAAUGUUUGGAACGUUAUCGGAGGAGACCGAAGUGAAGGUGCCGGCAAGCAAAGCUUGGGCUCUCUACGGCACCCUCGAGCUCGGAAAGGCUGUGACUGGAAAAUUCGUGGAGGCAAUUGAAGUCGUUGAAGGUGAUGGUGGUGCUGGUACCAUUCUCAGGUUUGCUUUAAAGCCAGGUUCACGCUUCUCGCGUUAUAGUGAGAAGUUUACGAAGGUUGAUGACGAGAAUAAGGUCAAAGAAGUAGAAGUGGUGGAAGGGGGAUUUCUUGAUUUAGGAUUUACGUUUUAUAGGAGCAGAAUCGAGAUUAAAGAGAACCCAAAUGAUGACACGGGGUCGUCGUGUCUUGUGAAAUUUACAAUUGAAUAUGACGUUAAAGAAGAAGUUGCUGCUGAUGCUUCUCUUGUCACGAAUAAGCCUCUCAUCGGCAUCAUGAACAUCGCAAAUGAGUAUCUUUUGAAAUCUGGUUGAUAGCAAGAAAUGUUUGUUUUUUUGAUUUAUGAUUAUCGUGACUGUUCAGAAUAAAUUCAGGUUGCUUUCUUUUGUUGAUAAUCCAUGUGGAUGUGCACUUUGUAUGGAUGGA